CCGGAGGCUCAGCUGAUUGUGGGCCUUGAAGAUUUUGUCCCUCCCUACUUUUUUUCCCUUCUCUCUCCUGUAGUCAGUUGUUCAGGCUCAUUAGGAGAAGAGGGAGUUGUCCCACAGCUAGAGGAGAGUUUUGCUGAACGCGGGACGUCCACAUACAAUUGGCGAGGGGAUUUUUGUCUCUUGUCCUCCCGGCGUGGGACAACCACUGCGCCACUUCACCCACCCGCGAGGACCCCCUUCGCUCCGCGCGUCCUCCUCAUGACAAACACGGCUGCUUCGACUCAGGGGUCCGAAAACCAGCAGAAGCCAACUUCAGUUUGAUCGGCGUCGCCCCCUCUCCUCUCCUCACCCCGCCGUCCCCUUCUCCUCUCCUCUCCACCCCCCCCGCUGGGCGCCCUCAGAAGGAGGAUGGAGACGAGCCCCAUCCCGGUGCUGACGGUCCAAACCGCCCCCUUCGAGGACCAGCGGCCCGGCACCAACGGGCUGCGGAGGAAGACGGCGGUGUUCGAGGGGAAGAAGAACUACCUGCAGAACUACAUCCAGAGCGUGCUGUCCUCCAUCGACCUGCGGGACCGGCAGGGCUGCACCAUGGUGGUGGGCAGCGACGGCCGCUACUUCAGCCGAGCCGCCACCGAGGUGAUAGUGCAGAUGGCAGCUGCGAAUGGGAUCGGCCGUCUGGUGAUCGGUCACAACGGCCUCCUGUCCACCCCCGCUGUUUCCUGCAUCAUCAGGAAGAUCAAGGCCAUCGGCGGGAUCAUCCUCACAGCUAGUCACAACCCCGGAGGCCCCGCUGGAGACUUUGGAAUCAAGUUCAACGUGGCCAAUGGAGGACCCUCUUCGGACACAGUGAUGGAGAGGAUCUGCCAGGUGAGCCGGACGCUCGAGGAGUAUGCAAUAUGUCCCGAUCUGCGCAUUGACCUGUCCAGGCUGGGAAGGCAAGAAUUUGACCUGGAGAACAAGUUCAAACCUUUUAGAGUGGAGAUCGUGGACUCAGUUGAGUUGUAUCUACAACUGCUGAGGAACAUCUUCGACUUCAAUGCCAUUAAAAGUCUUUUCUCGGGACCAGAUCAGCUCAAGAUCCACAUAGAUGCCAUGAACGGAGUGAUGGGCCCCUAUGUGCGCAGGAUCCUGUGUGACGAGCUGGGAGCUCCCGCUAACUCUGCUGUCAACUGCGUCCCCCUGGAGGACUUUGGUGGGCGACCUCCAGAGCCCAACCUGACUUAUGCCACGUCUCUGGUAGAUGGCAUGAAAGGAGGGGACUUUGGCUUUGGAGCGGCUUUUGAUGCGGAUGGGGACCGCUACAUGAUCCUCGGAGAAAAAGGCUUCUUUGUGAACCCGUCAGACUCGGUGGCCAUCAUGGCCGCCAACCUGUCCUCCGUCCCCUACUUCCGACAGCUGGGAGUCAAGGGCUUCGCCAGAAGUGUUGCCACCAGCACGGCCCUCGACAGGGUGGCCAAAGCCAUGAAACUGGCGCUGUAUGAAACUCCCACGGGCUGGAGGUACUUUGGGAACCUGAUGGAUUCUGGCCGUUGUUCCCUCUGCGGGGAGGAGAGCUUCGGGACAGGUUCAGACCACAUUCGUGAGAAAGAUGGACUGUGGUCGGUGCUGGUGUGGUUGUCCAUCAUGGCCUCUGGGAAAAAGGCUGUGGAGCAGAUUGUCAGAGAACACUGGGCCAUGUUCGGACGUAACUACUUCUGCAGGUUUGAUUACGAAGGCCUGGACCCUCGCGCAGCCUUUUACCUGAUGAGGGAUCUGGAGUCAGUAAUCUCAGACAAAGCAUUCACCAGCCAGAAGUUUGCUGUGGGAGACCACGUAUACAGCGUGGAGAGGGCCGACAACUUUGAGUACAUCGACCCUGUCGAUGGAACAGUGGCUCGAAACCAGGGUUUAAGGAUCGUCUUCACUGAUGCGUCCCGCCUAGUGUUUCGGAUGAGCGGGAGCGGCGGCGGGACGGGCGCCACCAUCCGCAUUUACGCCGAGAGCUUCGAGAGAGACCCGGAGAGACACAGCAGAGAGACACAGGUGGUGCUGGGUCCUCUCAUCGCCAUUGCCCUGAAGAUCUCUAACGUCCACGAGAGGACGGGGCGCCGCGGCCCCAACGUCAUCACAUGAGCCUCCAGGAAAACACACACACACACACACUCACUCUCACAUGCACGCACACACAUGCAUCUAGCUGCGCACACACGCAAGUAAAUAACUUUUCCCGGACUUAAAUCCAUUCUCUGUAGCUUAAUGGUGAUUUUGUUUAUUUUUCCUUCUCCCAAUGACGACUAAGCAGAAGGAAGCACAGGAUUCUCCUUUUUGUUUAUUGACCACUAUCAUCAGUCAGCUAUCAAAAACAUAGGGUUAGUGUCCAAACCAUGCGGGACAUUUCCUUUUUGCCAGGAAUAAACAAUGGAAAAGACAGCAAACAUAUUGGAUGUGUAGACAGAGUGUUAAUGUUUGUGGAUUGCAGUUAUAAAGAUUUAUUGACUAAGGAGGCCUGAGAUAUCUUUUUUUAUUUACAGUGCAGUGUUUGCUUGACAUAUUACUUGUACGUGUCCACUCAUUUAUGUCAAUUUUCGAAAAUUUAAUGCUGAAGUGAGUAAAACCUUUUAAGAAGAAAAACAGGCGCAACAUCACAACUAUUCUGUCAGACUUGUGUUUUCUAGAUAGGGAGAGAUUUAAAAGAAGUAAAGCAAUAGCAAACAUAUUUUAGGUAGCUUUGCUAAUCUGGUUUUUGCUUUCAUCUGUCAGUUUAGGAAUGACAUAUAACCAUAUUUCAAUAUAUCAUUUUCUUUUCUACCCAAAUAAACUUUUUUUGUGUGCGAUA